CAGCUCAAAGGAACACCCAUUUAUUGUUUUGCAUGGGAUCUGCUGAUCUGAAAUCCAGACACACUCUGAUCUGUUUGGUCUCACUGUUUGGUCCUGCUUCUACUUCCUGAGUGCUGGGACUACAGGGCUGAGCCACCCAUGCCAGGACUUGCUCUCUUUCACCUAUCUAUCUAUCUAUCUAUCUUUUUUUUUUCUUCUCAUUUCUUUUUUAAGACAGGGUUUUUCUGUGUAGCUCUGGCUUUGUAGACCAGGCUGGCCUUGAACUUACAGAGCUCCGCCUGCCUCUGCCUCCCUGAGUACUGGGAUUACAGGAGUGCACUACCAUGUCAAGCCUGUAGUUUUGUUUUGUUUACCUCUUGGCUUCUUUGGUUGAAAGUGAUUCCCAGAGAGUAGAUUCAUUAGAUCACUGAUUUUUGGUACUUGACCAUAUUUUUUGUUGUUAGUUUAUUUUUAUGGAUAUUUGUAUAAGCUUGCAUGCAUUUAUGUGCACCAUGCCUGAGCCUGUUGCCCUCAGAGCCUGGAAAAGGGCAUUGGAUCCUCUAGAACUAGACUUACAGAAGGUUGUGAGCGUCCAUGUAGGCCCUUGAAAGUGAGAGGAGGGGGAGGGCUGCGAAGAUGGCAAGCCCGAGGACCUGAAUUCAUUCCCUAGAACCCACUCAGAAAAGGUAGGCUUGGUGGCAUGUGCUUAUAAUCCCAGGAUUGGGGAGGUGGAGCCAGGCAGACCCUUGGGGCUCACUGGCCAACUCAGCCAGCAUCCAUGGCAACUUCUCAACCAAUGACAGAGCCUAUCUCAAAACUAAGGUGAAUAACACCGAAGGAACAGUAUUCAAGGUGAACCCCUGGCUUCUGCACACACAAUAGAGAAUACUAUAUUCCACACACACAUACUCCUUCACACUCAGAAAUGACCUCUGAUCACAUGGCAAUGAGAGGUGGUAGAUUUUUUUUUGCAAGGAUUGAUAAUUUAUUUCUACCCUCCUAUGUGAUAAGUGAGACUUCUGUUAAUAAAAUAUCCAUGGUGUUUAUUCUGUCAUCUUUUUAGAAUUUUUGGGAAAAAAAUGUGACAUUGAAAAAAACCUCUACAUUGCUUCUUGUUUGUUAUAAAACUCCUUAUAGGCUGGUGCUUUCUACACAUUGAUUUAUGGACUCAUCACACCUCAAGUCUUACCUCUCUGAAUAUGGAGACAUAGACACAUUCUGAAUCAGGCUGAUCUGUGUAUAAAUGUUGACCUUAACUAAGGGUAAAGGCACUUGCUCCCAAGUUGAUGACCUGAGUUCAUUCCCCAGAACCCACAUGAUGGAAGGAGAGAACUGGCUCUCAAAAGUUGCCCUCUGGCUUCCACAUGGUGGCUGUGGCACAUGUGCACACACGCAUACACACACAUUCCUGGACACCCACCAAUAAACGAAUAAGUAAAUUCAAGCAAGCCAGCAAGCCUGCCUUUUCUCUUGGUGUGACCUUGGAUGCACUGUUUAUCUGGUCCAGACUUUGCCCGUUGGUCUGUGUAGUAGGGUGGUGUUCCUCUUGUGGGGAUUAUUGAAGCAAUAGUCAAUGCAGAGGCUUAAUAGUUUGUUGUUGUUGUUUUUAAGGCAUGGGCUUACCAUGCUGUUAGGAGAUCUUAGGAGCUGUGUUAUACUUCGGAUAUGUUUUACUAUAUGUGAAAAGAGUAAAUAUAGUUUUAAGAAGUGAUCUUUGGUGUGGAAGUACGCUGCAUGAGAAGAAGCCCAUACAGUGAAGUCGUCUUAUAAUUAUUUUUAGCUCUCAGGAACAGCUGUGUCAUCAUUGGAGCAUGUUUAGGUAGCUUGGUAGGAUUAAAUUCCAGUAGGUGAGUAGACUGUUGUGUGAGUUUACUUAACUGCAGAUAAAAUCAGCAGGCUCAUAGAUGCAGACUUUCUUUGGCUGGUUUUUCCUGUGCUGACCUCCAGUUUAUACCUAUUUUCAUUCUUCAGCUACUUGUCAUGAACCUUCUGUGUCUCAUGUUGCUUCUCACUACAUUAGGGUCCAUUUGUAGACUUGCCUUCCUUUUCUUACUGUCAGCAUGUCACCUUGCAUUAAUGUUUCCAUUUCUAUGGGGCAGAGGUUGUGGUUGGCCAAAGGACCUGGGAUGGUGAGCGGGACUCUGGGGAAGGAGGGAGGCCUUGUGUCAUUUUACCAUCCAGCUUCCGACUUGUGAGUUCUUCAGCCAAAGCCUUGUGGGGAAUUGGGGGAAACACAAGCUGCCUGCGACCCUAAAGUCAAUCUGUCUUGCCUUUUCUACCCUUACUUUGUCUAGAUUGUUUAACUGGGACGUCCUUUCCUCAAAAGACAAUUUGUGUAAACCUGACCACUUAUUUAUAGCAAACGCAAUUAAGGAGACCUAAGCUGUGGGCCUUGGCAAUUGGGCCAGGAUGGAACUUGUUUUGUUCUAGGUGUGAUGUCAUCCCCAAGCAGCUUGUAAUGGAUAAGAACGCGAGUGAGACCGGAGAACUGAACAACACUCAACCCGUUUUAAAGUCCCACAAACCCAUCCAGCCUUAUAUCUGCUCCACUCUAGAUGAUUUUCAAGAAGAGAGAGACUUUUUGGCCAACAACAUCUUCCCUCGGCUGAAUGACUUCUGCAGCCCCCGGGGCACCUACUUCAAAGCUGUGGACCUGAGAUGGUCAGCCCUGAAGGCCCACAAAUCCUUCACUGCCAACCUGUUCCGACAGUACUCCUGUCUCCAUGCCCAGCACCUGAAGCUUUGCCUCGACUAUGUGGACAAGUGCUUCCCCUUCUUCAUCUGCCUGCUGGGGCAGACCUAUGGAGACUUCCUCCCUGACUACUCACCCUUCGUGUUCUCCAAAGUGAAGGACUUCUCGAGUUUAUCCAAGGGAGAACAGAAUCUAUACAUUGCUGCCAAAAAUGGUUAUCCUUGGGUCCUGAAGACUCCCAACUGCAGCCUGACAGAGUUUGAGAUCAUCCAAGCAGCAUUUCGGAAGCAAUCUCAAUUUCAAUUUUUCUACUUCCGGACCUCGAACGCACUGUUGAGGACUUUAAGUAAGGAAGAAGAAAAGAUGUCCUCAGCUUCUCUGUUUUUGCAAGAGGGAAAACAUAAGGUUGGAAAACUCAAGGCUAGGAUCAUUGGUAAAGGGCUUCCAGUCCGCUUCUAUAGAGACCUGGAUGAGUUGGGUGAUCUGGUGUUCAAGGACUGGUCGGCCGUUGUGGAAAAGCUCUACCCAGUGACUACCAUCACAGAAAACAUAGACUAUAGACACAGUUUCGAGCAUUUGUAUCAUGAAGAGUUUACUGAAAAGUGCAAGCAAGUGUUUGUUAUUUCCAAGGAAUCCAGCAGAACAUUUGACAUACUGGAAAGAUUUGCCUUAAAGAAUGCUGAACUUGAAUCUGAUGGUACCAUAGCAAAUUCAGGGUUAGACUCCAUUCUCAGAAUAAAUUCUCUUCCAACUUACAAGUCUAUCUUGCUCUUGUCUGGGGAACGUGGCUGUGGGAAGUCUACUCUGAUCGGCAACUGGGUCAGUUAUUUCAAAAAGAAGUAUCCCGGAGUGUUGCUGAUCCCGUACUUUGUGGGAAGCACAUGUGAGAGCAGUGACAUUAUGUCCGUGAUCCACUACUUCAUCAUGGAGCUGCAGGAUAGAGCCCACGGCCCCCAGCUUGAAAUCGAUUUUCUUAAUGAAGACUCAAACGUCUUGGUCUUUUCGCUUCUUGUAGAAGUGUUCAUGGCCUCCAUCAGCUUAAAGCCAUGUGUACUUGUGCUAGAUGGGAUUGAAGAGUUGAUUGGCAUUUAUGGGAUUUCAGGUCAGAAGGCAAAAGAUUUCUCCUGGCUGCCGCACUCACUCCCGCCUCACUGUAAAUUCAUUCUGAGCACUGUCUCCUCCAGUCUCUCCUGCAAGUCGCUGUGUGCCCGCCCUGACGUGAGGACUGUGGAGUUCUCCGGCCUGGGGGAUGAAGACACGAAGUUCAGCAUCUUCAGACAGCACCUCCCCAACACUGACAAAGAGCGGUUUGGGCAGAGGAGGUCCGUUUUGAGGAAGAAACCAAACCUGAAUCCCUUGAAGCUCUCGAUCAUCGCCAAGGAGCUGCAGGAGUGCCGAAUCUACCGCAAUGAGUUCCAGUGUCUGAGGGAGUACCUGGAAGUGGCCUCUGUCCCGGAGCUCUGGGAGCUGAUUCUCAAACGCUGGGUUGAAGAUUACGGUUGGAAUUUGAAGCAUAAAGAGGGAAGCUUGGCCACUGUGGCUUCAGGAAAAGGGCUGAGUGGCUGGGUGGCAGACGCGCUGUGCUUGCUCUGCAUCUCCCACUGUGGGCUGGCUGAGGAUGAGCUGCUCGAGCUUUUGGACAUGCUGGGCUACAAGAACCAACAGAAAGUGACGACAGUGCACUGGGCAGCUUUCCGCAACGCCACCAAACACUGGAUCCAGGAGAAACCCAACGGCCUCCUCUACUUCAGCCACCAGUCCUUACGGAACGUGGUGGAGUACAAGCUGCUGGGUGUAAUCACUCCAGUCAGAGAGAGCAGUCCAAAUGAGUCCCAGGACACCAUGAAUCACAAGAAGGCACAUUUCCACCAGGUCCUGAUGAGGUUCUUCCAGCGGCAAACCCUUUUCUGGAGAGUGUAUCAGGAGCUGCCGUGGCACAUGAAGAUGAGCAGGUCCUGGGAAAGCCUAUGUGGCUUCAUCACGAGCCCUGGUAUCACAGAUUUCAUAUCAAAAAUCCAAAACCCGAGUUUGUGGACCAGGCUACACCUCAUCCAUUACUGGGAUGUGCUGCUGGAAGCUGGCAGUGAUGUAUCUGGGGCUUUUCUGGUCUCUGCUGCCAAGAUAGAAUCUGAACAACACCAGAAAAUGAGGAAGCGACCCACACUCUCAGUGCUGGAGUGCAGCCUCUCCCAGAUUACUGCUGCUGAUAAAUGUAGGAUAAUAUUCUUUAUUGGAAGUUUCCUGAAGUUUAUGGGCAAGAUCAAUGAAGCAGAGAGGCUGUUGUUGAUUGUUGAGGACAUGCUACUGAAGAACCCAUCCAUGAUAGAAAUGCUGUUCAAGGCUCAGAAUGCCAUUGGAGAAUUAUAUCUUGAAAUCGGGAUGACUCAGAAAGGACUGACAUAUUUUCAAAAAGUGUGGUCAAAUCUGCUGCAAUUUACACUAAGUGACCUAAAAACUAACCAGGAGCUGAUGAAGCAGAAAGUCAAAGUGAUGUAUAACCUGGCAAAAUCGGCACCUGAGUACUUCUUAAAAGAAAAUCAUAUUUUGGAAUAUGCUACUGAAAUCUCCAAGUACAUGGCUGAUAAUACCCGUGAUCAAGCUACCAUGAAAUAUACUGAAGGUGUUCUCAUGUUGGUUGCUGGAAAUGUGCCCCUUGCACAGCUGAACUUUCAAGAGUGCUUAAAUAUCAGAAAAAGUCUAUUUGGCAAUAAAAGCAUACUAGUUGGAGAAAUUAUGGAAUUUUUAGCAGAUUUGCUUUUUUUUUCAACAGAAGAUAAGGAAAACUCUCAAAGGAAGCAGGCGAUUGAAUAUUAUAAACAAGUAAUAAAAAUCAAGGAGAAUGCAGAUUCUUUGGCCAUCUGCAAGCUUGUCAAGAAGCAGCUGAGCAUAAGCCUCAGCGACACCUUGUGUAAACUAGGUCAGCUGUUGUCAGGUGGCUUCUGCCAUAAUGCCAUAAUGGAGGCAGUUGGCUAUUUGUAUAGGUCACUUGAUUUAAGGUCAACUCACCUGGGCUCUUCUCACGCUUCAAUCCAGGGAAUACUACACCUUCUAAGGGAAAUUCAGAGGUUCCGGGGCAGGAGGUGUUGGCCUCAAGGCAUGAGCCAGCUAUACCCUGAAGGAACUAAGAAUUGCUUUUUCUUAUGGGAGAACUUGCCGAAGUUAGACUUCUGCAGCGCUCAGAGUUCUGACACGGUGAACAGUGCAAUGUGUAUGAAAAUAAGUAAGCUGCAGACAGCUAAAAACACAGAGAUUUUGGUUUUAGAUAAAGCAGCACUAUAUAUUCCUGGCAGAGGGAAGAAGACAUUGACUCCGAUUCUCUGCACGUCUGCUGAGGGAAAGACACAACAGAAGGCACAACAUACUCAAAUGUGGUAUGCUCCAAGAAAGCAGACUUUGAGGAAGAGGAGAGACUACCCCAUGAAGACGUUAUCUCUUGGCGAAAAGAAUGGCUUAGUACGACUUUCAAGGCAGAGACUUUUUUCUGCUGAAUGUGAGGGUGGAGAUGGCCCAAUCACUGCGAUCUACCAUCAACCCCUGAAAACAACUCUUAGUGCAAAUCCCUGGGAGUCCAUAUCUGAGCUCAUAUCAGAAAAAUGGCUUUUUCACAGCCCCCAGUACAGCUUCAUACCUCAGAAGUCUGUAUUGCCGAAAAGAUCUCAAAUAGAAUCAAAAUGGCUGAAGAUCUCAAGUGAUACUGAUAAGGAAUAAAAAUUUUGGGGCUCUUGUA